UCCGAUAGUUACUGUAACAAUGGCUCUUUCUUUCUCUCCCUUGCCCGACCAACUGCCACCCAUUGUCACGACCUGCCCGACCUGCCCGUUGUUGGGACGCCUUUCCCUCUUUCAGAAGCGGCCUCCUUUUUACACUCAUUUCUCUCUCUUUCCCUAUCUUUGGCUCUUUUGACUAAGUUCCCUUUAGUGAGCUUGAGUUUGUUUUCCUUUUCCCCUUUGUUUGUUUGUUUGUUUCUUCUUCAGCAAUUUGCUAUGUGAUCUUGAUCCUGUUUUUGUUUUGCUAUUUUUGUGAUUUGGGUAUCAGUUCGUUUGAUUAAUCGGUUGGAAUUUGUUGUUGAUGAGGGGAUUUUUUCAAGUGGGGUUUCCAUGAAAGGUAAGAUUUCUGGGUUGUGAGGUAUUGAAAUCUGUUUUUUUAAGAGAUUUGAGGAUAUGGGUUUGGCACCUAAUGAUUCCAAGGUUGAGACAUGGAUUGAGAAGUCAAGAACAGGUAGCGAGAAAAAGAAGAAGAAGGAGAAUGAGUUGGACGAGGAAGAGACUGGAUGUUGGGUUAAGUUGAAGUUCAUAGGGAAUUGCAUUCCUUCUAGAUCAAAGGUUGAUAGUUCGUUGAGUGGAUCAAAGGUCGAUAGCUUCAUCAGUGGCACCAGUACCCAUUGCGAUAGUAAAUCUAAACUUGACGAAAAAAGAGAUAUUCUGGCUACUGCAUUGGGGUCAUCUGCAACUACUGAUAAUGCUGAAAGUAGUUCGUCCACGCCCAAGCUCAGUGCUGAGCUGAAGGUUGCUUCUCGGCUUCGUAAGUUCACUUUUAAUGAGCUUAAGUUAGCCACAAGAAAUUUCCGACCUGAGAGCCUCCUUGGCGAGGGAGGUUUUGGUUGUGUUUUCAAAGGAUGGAUUGAGGAGAAUGGAACUGCUCCUGCUAAACCUGGAACUGGGCUUACAGUUGCAGUCAAGACUCUAAAUCAUGACGGCCUACAAGGUCACAAGGAGUGGAUGGCUGAAGUUAACUUUCUCGGUGACCUCAACCAUUCUAAUCUUGUAAGAUUGAUUGGUUGCUGCAUUGAAGAUGAUCAAAGGUUAUUAGUUUAUGAGUUCAUGCCUCGUGGAAGUUUGGAGAACCACCUCUUCAGAAAAGGGCCCUUGCCACUUCCUUGGUCUAUUAGAUUGAAAAUCGCACUUGGUGCUGCUAAAGGCCUUGCUUUUCUUCAUGAAGAAGCUGAAAGACCAGUGAUAUAUCGUGAUUUUAAAACGUCUAAUAUUUUAUUAGAUGCGGACUACAACGCUAAACUCUCAGAUUUUGGACUUGCAAAAGAUGGCCCUGAGGGUGACAAAACUCAUGUUUCAACUCGGGUUAUGGGAACCUAUGGCUAUGCAGCUCCAGAAUAUGUGAUGACUGGGCAUUUGACAUCAAAAAGCGAUGUCUACAGUUUUGGAGUUGUCUUGCUCGAAAUGCUAACCGGCCGAAGAUCAAUGGAUAAAAAUAGACCGAAUGGGGAGCACAACCUUGUUGAAUGGGCUAGGCCCCUGCUUGGAGACAAGAGGAAGUUCUACCGGUUGAUAGAUCCUCGCCUCGAAUGUCACUUCUCGAUCAAAGGUGCUCAAAAAGCUGCAGAGCUUGCAGCUCACUGCCUUAGUAGAGAUCCUAAAGCCAGACCUGUGAUGAGUGAAGUUGUUGAAAUUUUAAAACCUUUGCCCAACCUCAAGGACAUGGCAAGUUCUUCCUAUUACUUCCAAACCAUGCAAGCAGACCGUGCCAGGUCCACCCCCAAUGCGAAAAGUGUCAUCCGCACGCAGUCAAUGUUUGUGGCAAGGAACGGGCAACACAUUAGAAGCUUAUCAAGUCCAAAUGGUCCUCAUGCUUCUCCAUAUAAUUAUCCUCAACAGUCACCAAAACCUGACAGGAGAUAACCUUAAUAACCAACUCGAUCAAGUUAGUACCUUGAAUCUAACACUUAUUUGUUAAAGCAUAAUCAAAGUUAAUUAGCAAAUAGGAUGGUUUGGCCUCUUGUCUAUACAGUUGACUUUAUGUCCAUAUUAGAGCCUUGAAAAGACUUUCCUUUUGUCCAUUUAUUCUAUCCUUUUUGUUUCUAGAUUUCGGGUGGGAUAUGGAGAGGGGAUGAAGUGAAAGGAAGGUCGAUUCGGACUGUGUUUUUACGCCAUUGAUUGAGAUUUGAAGUGAUGAAAGUAGAUAAGAAAAUGAGAAUGAUGGUAGAUUUGAAGAAGGUUAUUGUUAUGAAAGCUAAUCUGUAAAUCCUAUUUGUUUGCUGUAACUAUCAUCAAUGAGUUAUGUGUUUGUGCCAUCUCCACAGUCAACAUCCUUUCUCCAACUGUAUCCCCAGUAUUUCUUUUUCUUUUUCCUAUGAAAUGCUAUAUAUAUCGACUCGGAGGUGAAGUUCGAUGCUGA